AGGACUCGAAGGUGGCUGUGGUGAAGGUGCAGGCCGUUGGAGUCGCUCCGAGGCAGGUGACUAUGAAAGGCUUAUAUUUUCAACAGAGUUCUACAAGUGAAGAAAUAACAUUUGUGUUCCAAGAAAGGGAAAAUCUUCCUGUUACAGAGGAUAACUAUGUGAAGCUUCAAGUUAAAGCUUGUGCUCUGAGCCAGAUAAAUACAAAGCUUCUAACAGAAAUGAAGAUGGAGAAGGAUUUCUUUCCUGUUGGGAGAGAAGUUGCUGGAAUUGUGUUAGAUGUUGGAAGCAAGGUAUCAUUCUUUCAACCAGGUGAUGAAGUAGCUGGAAUUUUACCCUUGGAUUCUGAAGACCCUGGACUUUGUGAAGCUGUUCGAGUACAUGAACAUUACUUGGUUCACAAACCAGAAAAAGUUGCGUGGACAGAAGCUGCUGGAACCAUUCGGGAUGGAGUACGAGCCUAUACAGCUCUGCAUUAUCUUUCUCAUCUCUCUCCUGGAAAGUCAGUGCUGAUAAUGGACGGAGCAAGUGCACUUGGAACAAUAGCUAUUCAGUUAGCACACCAUAGAGGAGCCAAAGUUAUUUCAACAGCGUGCAGCCUUGAAGACAAGCAGUGUCUUGAAAGAUGUAGGCCUUCUAUAGCCCGAGUGAUCGAUGUGUCCAAUGGGAAAGCCCAGGUUGCUGAAAGCUGUUUAGAAGAAACAGGUGGCCUUGGAGUAGAUAUUGUCCUAGAUGCUGGAGUGAGAUUAUACAGUAAAGAUGAUGAACCAGCUGUAAAAUUACAACUACUACCACAUAAACAUGAUAUCAUCACCCUUCUUGGUGUUGGAGGCCACUGGGUAACGACAGAAGAAAACCUGCAGACCUCAGUUGGAUGAACCCAUUCCACUAUACGAGGCAAAAGUUACCAUGGAAGUUGUUCAGAAAAAUCAAGGAAGAAAGAAGCAAGUUGUUCAAUUUUAAUUUUGUUCUUUCUCAGACCUCAGUUGGAUGAACCUAUUCCAGUAUUGAAGCCAGAGUUUCCUUGCAAAUUGCUCAGAAAAGUCAAGGAAGAUAAAAGCAAAUUUUUAUGUUUUUAAGCACGUUUUCCUGCUGAGACACGAUGCUCAGAGUUAUCUGAAGUAUUUGAAAAGUAUUUGGAAACAACGUACAGACGGGUCAAGACAAUUCUAAAAUUUAACAUCUAAAGGGAAUAUUCUGAAAGCCUUUUAAAUUAUUGUUCCUAUAUAUUUGCCUCUUAUAAAAUUCUUUACAUGAAGAAGACUGCUUUCAGCAGAAGCCACGCUACUCUGAUAAAGCUGUUGGAGUCUUGCUAUGUCAAAAUAACAUUACUUUUGUUAUCAA